GGACGGGUGAUUUUGGCAGUGACCAGCCAUCAUGUUGCUUCUGCCCAAGAUGCUUGUCGGCAGCCUGCGCACUCGGCUGUCGACCAGUCCCGUCGCGGCGACCCUCCGCCAGCUGAGCGUGCUCGGUUCUGCCGUAACGAUGCGUCAAAGCCUGCGCCAAGUGCCGAUUCUCGCCCAGUCCCGGCUUUAUGCCUCGGAUCUUCCCAGCCACAUUGUUGUCAACUUUCCCGCUCUCUCCCCAACCAUGACGACUGGUACCCUCAUGGAGUGGCAGGUAGCCGUUGGCGACGAGGUUGCUGCCGGCGAUGCCCUGGGCCAAGUGGAGACGGACAAGGCUGCCAUGGCAUUUGAAUCAACUGAAGACGGCUUUGUGGCUAAGCUCCUCGUUGAAGACGGUACCUCCGACAUUGCCAUUGGACAGCCCGUCAUGGUCCUGGUCGAGGACAAGGACGACAUUCCUGCUUUUGAAAACUUCACCCCCGAAGCCUCCGCCACCCCCGAACCCAAGAAGGAAGAGCCAAAGGCGGAGCCUGAGCCUGCCAAGGACUCACAGCCUGCCACCCCGGCUCCUACCCCGGCUCCUAGCCCAUCCACAACCGAAAAGUCUGGUGACCGCAUUUUUGCCUCUCCUUUGGCCCGACGCCUUGCUGCCCAGGCCGAGAUUGCUCUGGAUCAACUCAACGGCAGUGGCCCUCGUGGACGCAUCACUCGUGCCGACGUGGAGGCUUACCAACAGUCCGCUCCCGCUCCCGCUGCCGGUGCCAGCACCAGCACCAAGGCGGCCUCGCCAGCCGGCUCAGAUGACCUCGAAUACACUGACGUGCCCCUCAGCAACAUGCGCAAGGUCAUCGCCAAGCGCCUGCAAGAGUCCAAGCAGCAAGUGCCGCACUACUACCUCACUAGUGAUGUCAACGUGGAUGCCGUCUUGGCACUGCGUCAACAGUUCAACGCCGAGGCCAACGGUGAAUACAAGCUCUCCGUCAAUGACUUUGUCAUCAAGGCCUCUGCAGCCGCCCUGCAGGACGUCACCGAGUGCAACUCAGCCUGGAUGGAUACCUUCAUCCGCGAGUACGACUCUGUGGACAUUAGCGUGGCCGUCAGCACCGACGCGGGCCUGAUCACCCCCAUCGUCUUUGACGCUGACCUCAAGGGUCUGCGUGAGAUUUCUGAGAACGUCAAAGAGCUGGCUGGCCGUGCUCGCGAGGGCAAACUUGCCCCCGAAGAGUACCAAGGUGGCACCUUCACCAUCUCCAACCUCGGCAUGUAUGGUGUUUCCAGCUUUUCUGCCAUCAUCAACCCGCCUCAAGCCUGCAUCCUCGCGGUUUGGUGGUACGGAACAGCGCGUCAUUGUGGACGCUUCCACUGAGAGUGGCUACGCCACCGCCAACAUGAUGAGCGUGACGCUCUCGUGCGA